UAAAUUGAUCGAUAGUGAGCAGGCUCUCGACAAUGGUUCCUUGCUUCCAGCCCACCAAAGAAGUCCUUCUAGUGUCAAAGCAAACAUUUCUCAUAAAUAUGAACAUGAUUUUAUAGAUUCUUGUUUGUUUAUACAAGAACCAAAAACAGACAUUCCUCCAGCAGCUCACAAAUUUAAUGAGUUUGGAAAAUCCUUUAAUCAAGAGUCACGAUGUACUAUACAUCAGACACUCCGUACUAGAGAGAAGCAAUUUAUGUGUGAUAUAUGUGGCAAGGUCUUCACUCAAAAAUCGAAUCUUACAAGUCAUCAUAGAAUUCAUACUGGAGAGAAACCUUUCAAGUGUAAUGAGUGUGGGAAGGUCUUCAAUCACAGUUCACACCUUGCACAACAUCAGAGAAUCCACACUGGAGAGAAACCUUUCAGAUGUGAUGACUGUGGCAAAGUCUUCAGUCAGAAGUCCUACCUGGCAAACCACCGGAGAAUUCACUCUGGGGAGAGACCUUACAAGUGUGAUGCAUGUGGCAAGGUCUUCAAUGAGAUUUCACACCUGACAAGUCAUCGUAGAAUCCACACUGGAGAGAAACCUUACAAAUGUGAUGAAUGUGGAAAGGUCUUCCACCAAAUUUCACACCUUGCACAACAUCGAACCAUUCACACAGAAGAGAAACCUUUCAAAUGUAAUGAGUGUGGCAAGGUCUUCAGUCGCAAUUCUUACCUUGUUCAACAUCUGAUAAUCCACACUGGGGAAAAACCGUACAAAUGCAAUGAGUGUGUCAAGGUCUUCAGUCACAUUUCACACCUUGCACAACAUCGGAGAAUUCAUACAGGAGAGAAACCUUACAAAUGCAAUGAGUGUGGCAGUGUUUUCAGUCACAAAUCUUCCCUAGCAAAUCAUCAAAGAAUCCACACAGGAGAGAAACCUUUCAAAUGCAAUGAGUGUGGCAAGGGCUUCAGCCGCAACUCAUACCUAGCAGAACAUCUGAUAAUGCAUACUGGGGAGAAGCCUUACAAAUGCAAUGAAUGUGGCAAAGUGUUUGGUCGCAGUUCACAUCUUGCAUGUCAUCGCAGAAUCCAUACGGGAGAGAAACCUUAUAAGUGUAAUGACUGUGGCAAAGUAUUCAGUCAAAAUUCAUACCUAGCAUGUCAUCGCAGAAUCCACACUGGGGAAAAACCUUAUCAAUGUAAUGACUGUGGCAAGGUCUUCAGUCUGAACUCAUCCCUAGCCCAUCACCGCAGGAUCCAUAGUGUAGAGAAGCCAUAGUCGUGUAAUCAAGGUGCGCAGGGUGGUGGGUCUCACCUACUUCAGAAAAAGGCAGAAGGGUGGCAAGUGCAAAUCCAGUCUGGACAUAAUGGUGAGACUCUCUAAAUAUGAAAUAAAGGGCUGUGAUGUAGCUAAGUGUUAGAAUGACCGCCUAACACGUUUUGAGUCCCUGGGUUCAAUCCCUAAACCCCAGAAGAGGAAAAUAGUAAUGCAACAAAUGUGUUGAGGUCUUCAGUAACAUUGACAUCUCACAUAUCAAGCAUUUAUGGUGGAGAGAAACCCAACGAAUGUGAUGAGGGUCGCAAACCCUAUAAGGUGCAUCUGGCCUGGCCGAUCAUGUGAUCCACACCAAGAGGGCUAGGCAAAGUGUUCACUGACAUUUCCUAUCAUGCACAUUGUCAAUUUCUCAUCCUAGAAUAAAACCACAAAUGAAUUAGACAAAGUCUCAGUCAGCAUUCAAACCGUGCAAGACCACUGAGAUUUCCUAGUGGAGAAAUUAUCUCCCGUGUGUCAUGACUAUACAGAGUGAUCCAGGCCUCAUUUAAGGCUUAGUAACUUAGUUAGUCUGUGAUAGAGAGGAACUUCACACAUUCAUUGGAUGUAAACAGGCCCUAUGGUAAAAGCCUCUUAUCAGGAUUCCUGCUGGAACAGAAACUCAUAAAUGUACCUUGGUUGCAAAUCUUUAUUAUGCACUCAGUCCUCUGUACACAACAGGUAAGGCACAAAAGCAUCACUUUGACCAAGCCUGUCUUCAGUGCUCAUGUUUCAGUGGACAUCAGUUGAUCCACACUGGAGACGAACCAUGGAAAUGUCUGCAGGUGCCAAGCUCUUCUGGCACAGUUCACAGCUUGCACAACCUGGGAGAAGACGUCCUAGAGGUAAAGCUUGAAUCCAGUGAGUGUGGCACCCCCUGCAUUAUGAGUUCAAGCAGUGGUCAGAGUCCAUACUAAAGAGCAACAUCCAUCACAAUCACAACACAGGACAGACUUCCAUGCCUCAAAACCAGUGGAAACUGUGGAAAAGUUAUUUUCAUGUGUUGAGAGCCACAGCCGAAGGGGCCCCAGCAAACUUCCAGCUGCCAGCAAACUUCCAGCUGCCGGCUGAUGAUUGGCUCACAGCGGCCCCAGCAACAUCUAGCUGAUUGGCUCCUCGGCCCCAGCAACAUCUAGCUGAUUGGCUCCUCUGCGGUGAUGCUCAUUGGGCUGUUUCCCUGCCCUUUCAGACCACGGAGCUGCUCAUUGGGGGACUUUUUUGGCUCCGCCCACGUGACCCAGCCAAUCGGCCUCAAGAGCAGGAGGAUUGUGGGAGGUGGGGAGAAGCUUGUGUGGGAGAGAGAGGCUUGUG